GGAAGAAGUUAAUGAUAGUGAAGAUGGCGGUGACCAAGACAUGGACGGGGAAGAAAAAGAGUCAGAUGAAAACCCCCCAGAAGCUGGAGAUCAGGAAGAAAGCAUUUCAACACUUACUAGAGAUGAACUUGCGGAAUAUGAUUUGGAUAAUUAUGACAACGAUGAUGAAACCCGUAUGAUCCACAUAUAAAUCUUUUUAGCUGUUGCUUCUUUCUUUUGUAUCCUGUUAACAUAGAUUCGGGGCAGUGUUACUUUUGGCGUCAAACUUCAAUUUAGUUUUAGUCAUAGUCUUUUGAUUAAAAAGCCAUUUUAGUUUUAGUCAUCGGAAUUGUUUUAGUCGACUAAAUCUCCAGUAGACUUUAGUCGAGAAGACUAAAAUUUAAUGGGUUUAGUUAAAGCCUCUAAUCUGUCUGUUUUGCCCCUUCCCCAGCCCUUCUGAGUCUCUUUGUGUCCUCUAAGCCUUUCUAGGUGUCUCUCUCCCAAGCCCUGGUCUGUCUCUUUUGCCCCUUCCACAGCCCCUCUGUGCAGUGUUAAGUUUAAUGGCAAAUUUAUAUUUAGUUUUGUCAUAGUCAUUUGACUAAAAUACCGUUUUAGUGGUAUCUUAGUAAUUUUGUAUUUGUUUUAGUUGUCUAAAAUUGUUAGUUGACAGAAUUAACACUGAUGCUGGGUUAAAUGCAUAGUGAAAUGCUGAAAAGUGACAGGCAAAUAACCUUUUUUUUUUUUAAGCUGUUUAGUAACCUUGAUAAUAUGUACUAUUUUCAUAGUAUUUCUAUAUUUCCUCCCCAGAGAUUGGAAACCUCGGUGACAGCUUGGCUGGUCUGGCUGUGUAUAGCAGCAAUGAAAAUGAUGCUUAUAUCACCCUAAAAGACACGGUAUGUAUAACUAAUGCUUUAGAUGUAAUGUAUUUAUAAACCGUGUAACACUACAAACCAUGUCCCUGCAAGUAGCUUCCCUACAAACAUGCAGUUUCACAAGCAGCUUACCACCUUGCAACACCAAAAACAUACACCCACGUAUGCAACACCGUAAGUAGUCCCCCGCCACACAUGCAGUCCUCUAAACAGCAUCCCUACAAACAUGCAACUCGAGAACUAACAUCCCCACAAACAUAUACCACAAACAGCCUCCCCAACACACCACAUCUCCCAACAUAUAUAUAGCUAACAACCCUAUCAUUGUACCUAUAAACACACAAUACCAAUACCAGCCUCCACACACAUCCUUCAGGCAGCUUAACCCACGUAUGCAACAGCACACACAUCACUGUCUCCCGGCCCAUUCUCUAUUUCCAGUUUUGUUACUUUGGCCUUUAGUUUGAAAAUCUAUUUAUGGUUUUAACCAGGGUAUGUUCAGUGAGGGCUUGUGAACAUGGGCUAAAAUCGGCAGAACUCAACAAAGACGCAGAAUCAACUUAAAGGGUUAGUCUAGCACACAACCAUAUUUAUACUUCACAAGCCGCCACUGUGUGUUGUUGAAGAGUUAUUCUCUAUUUUAUGUAUUGUGAUCUUCCUGGGUUCUCCUGCUCUGCCAUUGGCCUUAAAGAGCGCGAAGAGUUUCCUCAAAUAAUAUCAUCUCACUGCUCCUACAUGCUAGGAGUUUGUGUGAUAAUCACACCACUUGGGUGUAAGGUUUGUUGACUUGGUGUACAGCUACCACUCCUUAUCCAGAUCACUAUGCUGUGUGAUGGAGGUCUUUAGGAAAGGGAUCCUCAGACAAAUAUAUUUUUUAAUCUGUGUACUUUCUGUUUAGUUUACCAGCAUAUUGUAUAUAUUUAUGCUUCUUUGAAAGUAAACCCGUCAUACCGUUAAUUAUUUUCUAAAUAUUUAAUAAUUCAUAAAGUAAAUUUGCCAUUGAAAUGAGCUCAGAUGGGGGUUGAGUAUGUUUAUAUUGUUAAAUUUUACUCUGUUGUGAAGUCAUCACCCAGUCUCAUAUGUAAAUUUAAAUGGUGAAUUACUUGCACAUGUGACUGUCACAUAGCUGACAUUGCCAGAGUAAUUUAAAUACUUCAUUUUAUGAUCUGUACACUGUUCUAGAUACAUUGCAAGUAAAUGUGGACUUUGUUUUACUGCAGAAUCAAUCAGUUUCCUGAGUGUCCUCGGAUGUAGAAACUGAACUGCUAUGAAUAGUUCCUAAAAUAGAUGCAUUUGGAAAGAUGUUUUUAUAAGUAGAUAGCUAAAUAUUCCCAGCAGCUUAAAAUAUGUUGUCUAGUUUCUACAAGAAGAACUGUAUUUCAGCAGAUUAUUAUUUAAGAUCACAUUCUAGACCCCAGGCCAAAUAGAAGAGUUAGAUAAUCUACUAUUUGAGGAAAUAGCUAAAAUGGCAAUGAAGGCGGAAGUUCUCAUCAUGGGUGACUUUAAUCUUCCUGAUGUGAACUGGAAAACCAAAAUAGCUGCUUGUGCCAGGAGCACACAUAUUCUAAACUCCCUACGGGGAUUGUCUCUAAAACAAAUUGUUGAGGAGCCAACUCGUAAAGAGGCCAUACUAGAUUUAGUGUUAACAAAUGGAGAUUUGGUAUCAGAUAUUACUGUAAGUGAAAGUUUAGGAUCUAGUGAUCAUCCCUCAGUGUGGUUUAAUAUAAGAACAGUGACUGAGUCACACCACACAAAAACAAAAGUUUUAGACUUUAGAAAAACAGACUUUUCUAAAAUUAGAAUAUGUGUAAUUGAGUCAUUGUCAGACUGGAGCAAUUUAAAUGGAGUCCAAGAGAAAUGGGAUUAUUUAAAAGUUGCACUGAUGAAGGCAACAGAAAAUUGCAUUAGGCUUGUCAGUAAAAGCAAAAAAAUAAAGAAACCAAUGUGGUACUCUGCAGAUGUGCACAAAAUAGUAAAAAAACUAAAAGUUAGCAUUUUGUAAUUAUAAAAAAAAAAAGCCAGAGUGAGGAAGAUAGACAGACAGAUCUAUAAGAUUAGGCAGAAAGAGGCUAAACAAGUUGUAAGAGCCUCCAAAGCACACACAGAAGAGAAAAUAGCACAGUCAGUAAAGAAAAAAGGGACAAAACAUUUGUUUAGAUACAUUAAUGAGAAAAGAAAAGUAAAACAAGGAUUAGAUUAAAAACAAAAGGAAGGUAUGUAGAAGAGGUUAAAGGUCUCAAUUAAUGUUUGUUCAGUAUUUACAGAUGAAAAUGAAGGAAAGGGGCCUCAGUUAGGAAAAGGACAAAUGAGUCAUUUGUUACAUGUGAGUUUACAGAGGAAGAGGUUCUAUUUCAACUGUCAAAAGUAAAGACAAAUAAGUCAAUGGGACCUGCUGGAAUACACCCAAAGUUAUUAAAAGAGCUUAGUGGUGUACUAGCAAAACCAUUAACAGAUUUAUUUAACCAAUCAUUAUUAACAGGAGUAGUCCCAAAAGAUUGGAAGUUCGCAAGUGUUGUGCCCAUUCACAAGAAAGGUAGUAGGGAGGAGUCGGGCAACUAUAGGCCAGUAAGCCUUACUUCAGUAGUGGGGAAAGUAACGGAAACCAUGUUAAACGAUAGGAUUGUUGAACAUCUAAAAUCACAUGGAUUUCAAGAUUAGAGACAACAUGGGUUUACUUCAGGGAGAUCAUGCCAAACUAAUCUUAUUGAUUUUUUUGAUUGGGUAACUAAAAUUAUAGAUCAGGGUGGUGCAGUAGACAUUGCUUACCUAGAUUUCAGUAAGGCUUUUGACACUGUUGUACAUAGAAGGCUUCUCAAUAAACUGCAAUCUUUAAGUUUGGAUUCCAAUAUUGUUGAAUGGGUAAGUCAGUGGCUGAGUGACAGGCAACAAAGGGUUUUAGUCAAUGGAGUAUUUUCGAAGCAUGGGCUUGUCACCAGUGGGGUACCUCAGGGAUCUGUUCUUGAACCCAUUCUCUUUAAUAUGUUUUAUAAGUGAUAUUGCAGAAGGUCUUGAUGGUAAGGUAUGUCUUUUUUUGCUGAUGAUACAAAAAUAUGUACCAGUGUUGAUGUUCCAGGAGGGAUAAGCCAAAUGGCAAAUGAUUUAGGUAAACUAGAAAAAUGGUCAGAGUUGUGGCAACUGACAAUUAAUGUGGAUAAGUGCAAGAUAAUGCAUAUUGGACAUAAAAACCCAAGGGCAGAGUACAGAAUAUUUGAGAGUCCUAACCUCAACAUCUGAGGAAAAUGAUUUAGAGGUGAUUAUUUCUGUGUACUUAAAGGUAGGCAGGCAAUGUAAUAGAGCAGCAUGAAAUGCUAGCAGAAUGCUUGGUUGUAUAGGGAGAGGUAUUAGCAGUAGAAAGAGGGAAGUGCUCAUGCCAUUGUACAGAACACUGGUGAGACCUCACUUGGAGUAUUGUACGCAGUACUGGAGACCGUAUGUCCCGAAGGAUAUUGAACUUUAGAGAGAGUUCCCUGAACUCUCUCUAAAGUAUCAAUACCAACCAACCAACCUCGCCGCGUGUCCUUGGAGGGGGCUGCUUGCCCGCCUCUUGCCUUUGGACUAUGGACCAGACUUUAUGUGAAUGUGUUAACCCAGAUAGCUCUGCCAUGGAGCCCAUUCAUGUAGUUAAAGACUUCGGCUCCAUGGCAAUCGAACUGUGUGAAUAGGAUCUGAACGCUAUUCGGUAGUUUUGUGCGCUCAGAUCCCAGCUAUCUGGGGAUAUGUGACAUGUCUGUGUUUUAUGUAUAAAAUGUGACUUUGUGUAUUUUAUAAUAUUUUAAUGCUUUGUGCUCACCAUGUGCAUAAUGGAGUCUUGUGUCUGUCCUGGGAGAUAAUUUAAUUACUCUCAAUUAUCUCCAGGAUAGAUGACUCUGAAACUGGUUUGGGCCAGAAAGCCAUGCUUCAUUUUGUCACAAAGGACUUUCCCUUAACUUUUGAACCCCUGGUCUGAUUCGUGCCAUUUUUUUAAUAUGUCGUUCCCCUGAAUGGAUUGAUUAUGAAAAUGUAUGUUUUAUGUUUGUGACAUGUAUAUUUUAGAAGUUAUGAAUAUUGUGUAAAAACUGUAUUCCUCUGCCGGUGAUAAUGAGAUUACCCAUUGUGUUCAGUAAUCAUAUCACAGGCAGAGGGGAUGAUUUUGUGUGGGAGUGUCUGGGUGUAUUGUACAGAUUGAUUGGUUGUUUUGUAACGCCCUGUGGGCUGUACUAUGUUUGUGGAUUGGGAAUAAAAGAGACUGUAUGUGACAGUACAGGGAGUUCCUGCUUAACCCUCAAAGUGAAGUGUCGCCUCAUUAUUGGGGGAAGGAUUUAUUGUAUGCUGUUCCAGUUUGACUGCUAGGAGAGUAAACCUAUUCGUAUGGUUCCUAUUCAACUGUCUACAGCAUUCAUAUGCUUGGGAGAAUUUAUUUGUUUCUCCGGUUCAGUGAUUGUGGUGUCUGCCAGAGUGCUUGGAGUCCUCAGGAAGCGCUAGGAGCAUCCUUCAACGAAGGUACCCAGUCGGGGUCCCAGGUGAUCCGUUACAGCUACUAAACUGGUUCAUGGAUUGCAGGUUAAAACUUACAAGGAAAGGUUAAAGGAUCUUAACAUGUAUAGCUUGGAGGAAAGACGAGACAGGGGGGAUAUGAUAGAAACAUUUAAAUAUAUAAAGGGAAUCAACACCGUAAAGGAGGAGACCUAUAUUUAAAAGAAGAAAAACUACCACAACAAGAGGACGUAGUCUUAAAUAAGAGGGACAAAGGUUUAAAAACAUCAUGAAGUAUUGUUUUACUGAGAGGGUAGUGGAUGCAUGGAAUAGCCUUCCAGCUGAAGUGGUAGAGGUUAACACAGUAAAGGAGUUUAAGCAUGCGUGGGAUAGGCAUAAGGCUAUCCUAACUAUAAGAUAAGGCUAGGACUAAUGAAAGUAUUUAGAAAAUUGGGCAGACUAGAUGGGCCAAAUGGUUCUUAUCUGCCGUCACAUUCUAUGUUUCUAUAUGUUUCUAAAAUAAUUUACUUUUUGUCCUGUAGGACUGUGUUCAUAUUUUUUAAAUUUUAUUUUAAAGGAGCAAUACGAGACAGAGGAUUUUGAAAUUAAAUCCACUGACAAUCUUUUGAUUUGUGGCCGUGCAGAAGAGGACCAGUGUAGUCUUGAAAUUCACGGUAGGCUUUAGUCCCUCUUUCCCCAUAAAACAUAUUAAUGUACAGUCUUGCAAUAUGUAAAGGGACACAAUGUUCCAUAUUGAGCAAAACCUAAUGCACCUUUUAACUUUAAUCAGAUUUUUAGGACUCUUGUUAUCCAAAGAUGAAAGGAUGGAGAGAGCUGUUUUGCGUAUAUAUUUCAAGACAUUGGAAAUAUCAGUGAUUUAUUUGCUAAAGUGUUAAUUGUAGAAAAUGGAAAGAUAAAUAGCAAAAUAUGAGGCUGAAAUAGACAAGCUGUGGCUAACCGUGAAUUACUUAAAAAAUGGGUUAUGUUGUCUAAACUUUUUGCAUCUUGAUUUCCAGUUUGCUGCUAAGAUCAGAGCAGUCACCUUUAGAACAUUAAUUAGUCCAGCUGACUGCUCCAGAAACACACUGUCAUCCAAUAAGUCUUUGCAAUUGAAUAUUGCAGAUCUGCUGUGCCAUAUGAAAAUAAUCAUUUUUUCCCCUUCCCCAUGUUACCUGGGACAGUGUACAACCAUGAAGAGGAUUCUUUCUAUGUUCAUCAUGAUAUUAUUCUACCUGCAUAUCCCCUCUGUUCUGAAUGGCUCAAUUUUGAUCCAAGUCCAGAAGAGUCUGUAGGUAAGUUUAAAAAAAAAAAAAAAAAAAAAUGUGCCUUAAAAUAUCAGUGGUGUUUGCGAUUUAUAUCUAUAUAACACAAAUGCAUAAUAUUUAAAUUUAGAAUAAUUUUAGAAUGCAUACGCAUUAUUCAUAAAUUAACCUGUAUAAUGGGUGAUUUUUUAAAUAAUGGUUAGCUCAUCUUAUAAUUUGGUGCACAAAAGUGAUUCAUCUCAAAAUCCUCUUGUACAGCACUGUUAUACAUUUGUUAUGUAUUAAAGGAUCACUAUAGGGUUAGGAACACAAACAUGUAUUCCUGGCCCUAUAGUGUUAAAACCACCUUGUUGUCCCCCUGGGCCCCUCAUGCCUCCAUAAAUAUAGCAAAAUCUCACUGUAUUCAAGCCUGAAGUUGUAACUCUGUAUGAUGUUUGCCUCAGGAAAAAAAGCAGUCUGCUGACUUCAUUAGAAGUGGUGGCCUGAUCCAAUCACAAUGCUUCCCCAUAGGACUGGCAAAGAGGCAGAUCAGGGGCAGAGCCAUCAUGAUUCAAACACAGCCCUGGCCAAUCAGCAUCUCCUCAUAGAGAUUAAUUGAAUCAAUGCAUUUCUAUGAGGAAAGUUCAGUGUCUGCAUGCAGAGGGAGGAGAUACUGAAUGUUUGGAUGCAUUUUAGGCAGCAGUGACCCAGGAAGGAUCUCUAACAGCCAUCUGAGGAGUGGCCAGUGAAGUUAUCACUAGGCUGUAAUGUAAACACUGCAUUUUCUCUGAAAAGACAGUGUUUACAGCAAAAAGCCUGAAGGUAAUGAUUCUACUCACCAGAACAAAUUCAAUAAGCUGUGGUUGUUCCGGUGACUAGUGUCCCUUUAAUAACAGAUUAUGACUUGUAUAACCUUGACCUUUAUUUGAAAUAUAUAAUUUACCUUUUUGAAAACUUGAUAUGAGAUAGGUUGUCCACUAACUCACUUUGCAUUUAAGAAAGACUGUAGUCUUAAAUGGGGGUCUCGCACUGAGCUUUCCUGCAUGUUAAUAAGUCCUAUAAUUUUGAUACACAUUAAGGUUCUGUAAAUAAGUUUGUUUCCUGUUUCAUAUAAAUAUAAAGCAACAUAAUAUUUGGGGUAUCAGUUUAUAUGAUAUAGAUAGACAUGAUAUUUUAUUGUGUCGAUGUGCGUUAAUUCUUCCAUGUGCAUCCAUGCAGCACAGACUAUACCUUACAAUCUUUUUGUUUUGAUCUUUAUAUGAAAUGUUGGCUAUUUGUGUUUCCUUAGGAAAUUAUGUUGCAGUUGGCAACAUGACCCCAGUGAUUGACGUAUGGGAUCUCGAUCUGGUAGAUUGCUUAGAGCCCGUCUUUUCACUUGGAAGUAAACAAAAUAAAAAGAAGAAAAAGAAAGGAAAGAAGGUACAUACAUAUUUUCCCAUUAUAAUAUUAAUUAUAUUUUCAUAUAUUUAUCUUUGUGACACGUAAAAAAAAUUAUAUUGAAAUUAAUAAAUUCCAAGGUGAUAAUGGCAGUUAGACUCUAGAAGAAAUGUUUUAUUGCUGUAGAUCAAAAUAAUAUUUUAUUUUUAAAACCAUGAGGAUGCUUUAGAAGUUAGAAUACAGUGACAAACAAUCAGAUAUUGAUGAAAAGAUGGGACCUGGGUAUAAUCAUGGUUUGACGGCUAACUUGUAAAUAUUGAUUCUCUCCAUCCAAAGCUAUUAUAUGUGGUUUACCUCAGGUCUUCGGGGUUAUGAAGCCCUCUACAUCCUCAUCCCAUCUAUCAAAUGUGGAAACUACACUCUGGGGACACUAGUCACUAUAACUGAGCUAACAUUACCUGUAUAAGAAUUUUGUUAAAACGUCCGACUGCCUUUUUCAGAUUUGCGAACGAGAUGUUCCUGAUUAUCUCCCACACUAGCAUAGUAGUAGUUCUGGAUGAGAACUGAAGGGGAAAGUUAGGUACAGAUGCACUUGAUUUUUUUUUACUUCCUCCAAUACUUUUCAAAUCUGCAAAAGCUGGAUGGAUUUGGUGGCAAAGGAGGGAAAUAGUUUCCCCUUUUUGUGUCAAAAGGAUGAAUGGGACAUUUUUACAAAUCAUAAAAGAUAUAACCAACUAAUUGCUAGACACAGUGACGAUAGCACCUAGCAUCAUAACCUGUGCAUUAUGCAUAGCUUACGGUGCUUAGUGUCUUAAAGGACCACUCUAGGCACCCAGACCACUUCAGCUUAAUGAAGUGGUCUGGGUGCCAGGUCCAGCUAGGGUUAACCCAUUGUUUUAUAAACAUAGCAGUUUCAGAGAAACUGUUAUGUAUAUGAAUGGGUUAAGCCUUCCCCCAUUCCCUCUAUUGGCUGUCUCAUUGACAGCCACUAGAGGCACUUGCGUGCUUCUCACUGUGAUUUUCACAGUGAGAGCACGCCAGCGUCCAUAGGAAAGCAUUAUGAAUGCAUUCCUAUGUGACUGGCUGAAUGCGCGCGCAGCUCUUGCCGCGCGUGCGCAUUCAGCCGACGGGGCGGAGAGGAGGAGGAGGAGAGCUCUCCGCCCAGCGCUGGAAAAAGGUAAGUUUUAACCCUUUUCCCCUUUCCAGAGCCGGGCGGGAGGGGGUCCCUGAGGGUGGGGGCACCCUCAGGGCACUAUAGUGCCAGGAAAACGAGUAUGUUUUCCUGGCACUUUAGUGGUCCUUUAACCCCUUAAGGACACAUGACGGAUAUAUUCCGUCAUGAUUCCUUUUUAUUCCAGAAGUUGUGUCCUUAAGGGGUUAAGGUUUUUUUUUUUUUUAAGUUAAGUGUUUGAAAUUGAUUAUACACAUAUUUGAUGUGUAGAGAUGAUGACUGUAUUGCUCCCAUAUGGUUGAAAAAACAUGUUGCAUUAAACUCCCGGAAGCAGGUUCUGAUGAUACUGAACUUGUUCUUUUACAUUUUAGUUAUUACAAAUUGCUGUGUUCUCAACUUUGCCAUCGAUUGAGAUGUUGCAUUACAUAAAUGUUGCUGUGAUCAGCAGUAACUCAGCACAAAAAACACCAACUGUAACAUUUAAUGGACACUGCUGUAGGCAACAUUGUGUUUUCAACGUACAUUAAUCCUCUCGCUUCCUAUGUGGAAAUUAAACAGACCUAGAUCUAUUGUUAGAGGAUUAGAAUCCAACUGUACACUUGGAACUAUUGUUUUAUUUCAUAGGGUGCGUCAUCAGAAGAAUCCCAUGAAGGACACACUGAUGCUGUGCUAGACCUCUCCUGGAAUCGGCAUAUCAGGUAAAACCCUAACUAUGACUUUUGAAACACAAAAUAGUGGAUAGUUGGAAACCAGAGCUGAGUAGGCACAGAUUGCAUAAUAUCUGUUUGGGGGAAAAAAAAUACCAAG